GUCAAUCAUCUAGCCAUCACCGACCUCGUCGUCCGCCUUAAAAGCCAAGCCCUUCCCUUCCCCCUCCCCAUCGCCGAACUCUCUCUCAUACACCCUCCAGGGGGAGAGGAAAAACAGAGCUCCUAAAAAGAACUCAGUUCUCGUCCUAGGGUUAGGGUUUUCUUCGUCGUCGUCACCGGAGAUGGCUCUAGAGUGGGUGGUGCUGGGGUACGUGGCGGGGGCGGAGGCGAUCAUGCUUCUGUUCCUGACCCUCCCGGGGCUGGACAGCCUCCGGAGAGGGAUGGUGACGGUGGUGCGGAACGCGCUGAAGCCGCUGCUCUCCGUGCUGCCGUUCUGCCUCUUCCUGCUGAUGGACAUCUACUGGAAGUACGAGACCCGGCCGAUGUGCGCCAAGGAGCACGCCUGCACCCCGGCUGAGCACCUCCGUUACGAGAAGUCCAUCAUGACCAGCCAGCGCAAUGUCAUCCUCAUCGCCGCCGCGCUCCUCCUCUACUGGCUCCUCUUCGCCGUCGCCAACCUCGUCGUUCGCCUCGACCAGCUCAACCAGCGCCUCGAGAAGCACAGGCAGGACUGAUACGUCACCGCCUGCUGAUCUCUCCUACGGAGAAGCGUAUAGGCGGUCUUAUUGGAAGCAUCCUGUUCGUAGUCUGCCUGAAAUUCUCCCUUAUAUUUGUUUGACUGCCAGUUCUUGGAGCUUCAGAGUAUGAUUCUAGAACAGAAUGUGGACGUUCUGAAUAAAAUUUGUGAUUUUACUUCAGUGGUGAUGAUGUAUAUAGUGCUGAUGUAAAAUUUGUGUACCGUGUGCUUUGUCUGUUCCAAUGUUAGACGAAAUCUAGUGAAUUUAUUUGUCUCCACCUCCUCGGUACUUAGUGAUGACGUAUUGUUGCUCCCUUCAGUGGUGAGUGAUCUCCGUCCUA